AUGGAGGCUGGCACGGCAAGUGAGCCGCAGAACGAUGGCGAGCGAAGGCGUCAGUCCUUUCAGAUUGUUGAGCUGCUCGUAGAUCUCAUCUACGGAGACCUCGUCCGCGGCGACCGCUGCUGCCGGCGGGUAGCGGACGCGCUGAUCGCAUCGUACGAGGACGCCAUCCGGUGGCUCGUCACGCGUGAGCAAACGUUCAACGCUGCGCUGAAGGGCGCCAUCAACACGUACUGUGCGAGGUACGUCCUCCGCACCGCACCGGAGCUACUCAUCGCGUCCAAGGAGACCGCCGCCGCGUAUACACGCAUCGCCGCCGUGCUGCGCGAAGGGGAUGGCCUCACAUGCAUCGGCGAGGCGAUGGCUGACGAGUUGUCGCACCUGACCCGCCGCCUUGAGACGCGACGAUUUGCUCGGCUGCUGGACCUCAUGGGGAACGCCGUCGUCGCGUACAUGCGGCAAGCGUCGGAUCAGCACGAGAAGAAGGAGGAGGCUCCAGGUGAGUUUCUGCUGCGGCAGCAGGACCAGCCCGCCUUCUGGGCGAGUGUGGGGCGAUUUGCGGUAGAGGCGCCAUUGCACGGCGGCCACAAGAGGCAGAGGGAGGACGAGGGCCAGCCGGCAGCCACAAACGGUGCGACACCAACGCGCGGUUUCUCAGAGGAGAUUCGGCUCGCCAUGAGCUCACCUGUACGGACUGCCGCUCCUCCAGUGGUUAGUCCGGGAUUAAUUGCGUGUGCGCAACAACAACAACAACAGCAGCAGCAGCAGCCAUCGCCGUCUUCCAUCGAAAUGCCUCAUGAGGAAGAGAUGACAGCGGUAGUACAAACUGUAGCCGAAACGGCGACGCCACCGCGUGCCAGGCGUGCCAUUCUACAGGUAAAUGACUCUGUGGUGUCGGCUGCUGAAAAACUGGAGGGGAAUGGCUCCUGCACGGCUCAAGACACCAGCAGUGGUCUCGUUAUCGACGACUCGUUGGGGGCACCCUCCCCGUCCUCCGGGCAUCCACAGCGUGGGGAUGUCGCCGCGGCUGGCGCUGGCAGUGGCUGCACAUCUGUCCCUGAAGGUGACGUGCAUGUGCGGAGCUAUUUUCUCUGCGCGAAAACAGGCCGCUAUGAGCCCGCUGGUGCUCGGGGAUUUUUCGCAUAG